UUUUUCUCCUUUAUAGGUGGAAGAGGUCAAAUUAAACAGAAAAAGAAGACCGUCCCGCAAAAAGUCACAAUAGCAAAAAUCCCACGAGCUAAAAAGAAAUACGUCACAAGGGUGUGUGGCCUGGCCACCUUCGACAUUGAGCUUAAAGAGGCUCAGAGGUUCUUUGCUCAGAAAUUCUCCUGCGGUGCCUCAGUGACAGCAGAAGACGAAAUCAUCAUUCAGGGAGACUUUACAGACGACAUCAUCGACGUCAUCCAGGAAAAAUGGCCUGAGGUGGACGACGACAGCAUUGACGAUCUUGGAGAGGUCAAAAAGUGAAGCCCGAUAUGCACUUUUACUGAAACGGAUGCGACGUGACACAGCAAACCUGGCCAAAUGUACACAUUGACAUAAAAGCCCUUUUAUAUCUAUUUUAUUUACUGUAUAGAAUUUCCGUGGACUUGGCUUCAUCCUUGGGGUUUUUCAGUUCUUGAUAGAUGCUUUGUCUCUUGGUUGCCAAAGGUCUAGUAUGAUGUGACUUAAAGCAUUUCUCACAUGCAAACAGUAGACUAAUAAAUUUCGGUCUCAUUCGACACA